AUGCAACAACAACAUCAUAGAAGAGGUAGAUCCGAAUCGCAAAUCAUCCAUCACUUCAAUCCUCAUCCUCCGAAUCCAAAUCAACCCGAACCAUCAGUUUCACCCAAACUAGAAGAAUGGGAAGAUAUCAUCACCAGAUCAAGAUCUUAUUCACAUUCGUCUAUUGGAUCCUCUUCGGCGAUUUCGAAAUCGUUUACGAUCAGUUCUAGAACUACACCAGCUACUAAAGCUGCGGCAAACAAAAGAAGAAAAGAAGGAAACGAAGCUAGAUAUCUUUGUGAGAUGUGUGGUGAAAGUUUUACUAGAAGGUAUAAUCUUAGAGGUCAUCAGAGAGCUCAUAAAGGAGAGAAACCAUUUGCAUGUGAAUUUCCAGGUUGUACAUCAAGUUUUGCAAGAGCACAUGAUCAAAAAAGACAUUAUAAAUUACAUUUAGGUAUCAAAGAUUAUAAUUGUAAGGUUUGUGGUAAAGCGUUUAUCAGAUUAGAUGCAUUACAAAGACAUCAUAAAUCAGAUGCUGGACAAGGAUGUUUUUAUGAAUUGAAAUCGAAAGGAGAAUUAAGUUAUGAACAUGAUUCGAAUUUAUCAUUACCACCACUUGAUCCACAACAACCACAACAUCAACAGAAUAUUCAACUGGAUCCCCAACAACAACAACAACAGCAGCAUUUAAGAUUGGAUUCACAACCACCACCACAACAACAGAAUCUUCAACUCGAUCCUCAACAAACGGCUUUGGGAAUCAUGAACCCUGCUUAUGAGUUUUGUGUGGGGAUUUCAGGUGAAUUAUGA